CUUCACCGCCUGUGAAGCGACUCCCCUGCAGGUGGGGAGCCGGGGGCUUGAACCGGGAUCGUACAGCCGGUCCUUGCACCAGCGUUUGCCGCCACCUGCGCUUAACCCACUGCGCUACAGCCCAACUCCUGGCACUUACCUUCUUAGAGGCUUAGUUCCUUUUUUUUUAAUUUUCUUAAUUUUUAAAAAUUUUUGUUUAUUUUUACUGGAUAGGACAGAGAGAAAUGGAGAGGGAGGGAGGAGAAAGAGCAACACCUGCAGCCCUCCUUCACCACUUGUGAAGCUUUCCCCCUGCAAGUGGGAGCCAGGGGCUUGAACCCGGGUCCCCAAGCACUGUAAUGUGUGCACUUAACCAGGCGUGCCACCACCCAGCCCCGAGGCUUAGUUCCUUCAUCUGAAAAAUGGGGGUGACAAGAUAGUACCUCGCUCCUAGGGUUCGUGUGCAGAAUGGAAACCAUGAGGCCUGUAUUAGUAUUUAACAUAGCGCCCCAAAGCAGUACCUAUUAUCUUCCACUUUUAUUAUGAAAGCAUAUUUUAAUCCUGGUCGAAGGAACUGGAGAGGGAGGCAUUGAAGACAGGAGAGAAAAAGGUUAAAGAGAACUGGCACAGGGAGAAAAGACUGGGCUCUGCCAAACCAAGAGAAGGAAGAACCAGGUAGGAAUGCAAGAGAACCUAUAGACUGCGAGUUCAGAAAAUGCCUUUCUGAGAUCAUCUUUUUCUCUGAAUAGGUCUCAAGGUCAUUUAUGGAGUGGGUCAGGCCACGGCUGACCCCAGGUGAAGGCCCUGACUUACAAUAAGGACCAGGAACUUGAUCCCAGGUCCUAGAGUAUGAUAACAAGAGCACUCUACCAGAUAGAGAAGCUGAGGUCCACAGAAGUUAAAGAUUGGAAGUGCUGGACUCAGGAUAUAAACCCAGAUCUGUCCAACUUCAAAGUCCACUGCAGCCCAUUUGAAACCACCACAAAAGUUUAUAAAAACUCCAGUAGCAAACGAGCAGGUUAAAAAGGGUUAUAGGUAUGCAUGGCUCAUCUUGCAUUUGAUGAGUGAGAGAACAGAGACUGGAGGCUCACACUUUCAUCCCAAGCUCUGAGCUCCACCUAACUGCUUUGCUCUUGGAGUGGACAAACACAGGAUUUGGAGCCCCAUGGUUACAUUCCUCUCUGUGUGAAUUUGCACAGGCACCUGGCAUCUCUGAACCUGCUUGUGGUUACCAAAGAAACCCUGGCAGGUUACUCUAAAGAUUCAGAAGAGAAAUGUGACCUGGCACACAGAGGACAUGCCCAGACCCCUAGUUUCCCAGAUGGGGUAUCGGAGACCAACUGUGAGGAAGUGGCUGUCUUAAAUGCGAGACGUUCUGGACAGGAAAGAACUAAAGCACCCGGAACUUGCAUUUCUAGAGACUCCACAGGGCUCGUCCUCACCCUAGACGAGCUUAGUCACUUGCCCUCCAACCAGCCUGGAGCCCCAGAUGGCCUCUAACUCAGCUAGCAGUCCCCACUCAACCCCGGAUGAGAAUGAGUUUCCCUUUGGGUGCCUCCCCACCGUCUGCCAGGACCCAUCCGAGUCUGGGGCCCUUCGCUGCUCCACCUGUCUGUCCGACAUCUCAAGGAAAGGUGACGAUCAGAUAUGUCCCAAAUGCAAAGGGGACAACCCUCAGUCAGUUAGCCCGGGAAGCCUCCAGUCUCAGGAGAAGGACCACUCUGAAAUAGCUGAGGCUGGAGUUGGGUGCCCCUUUGCAGGCAUUGGCUGCUCCUUCAAGGGGAACCCAAAGUUCAUGCAGGAGCAUGAGGUGGCCUCCCAGGCCUCCCAUCUAAACCUACUGCUGGAGUUCAUGAAACGGUGGAAGGCCCAGCUGGGCUCUGGCCUUGGGUCAGGUCCCAUGGCCCUGGAGCGGAAUCUGUCAGAGUUGCAGCUGCAGGCAACUGUGGAAGUGGCUGGGGACCUGGAGGUUGACUGCUACCGGGCACCUUGUUCUGAGAGCCAGGAGGAGCUGUCCCUACAGCAAUUCAUGAAGGAAAAGCUCUUGCUGGAACUAGAGGGGAAGCUUCGAGUGUUUGAGAACAUUGUUGCAGUCCUCAACAAGGAGGUGGAGGCCUCCCACUUAGCCCUGGCCGCCUCCAUCCACCAGAGUCAGUUGGACCGUGAGCACAUCCUCAACUUGGAGCAAAGGGUGCUGGAGCUACAGCAGACACUGGCCCAGAAGGAUCAGACCCUGGGCAAGCUGGAGCAGAGUCUGCGCCUUAUGGAGGAGGCCUCCUUUGACGGCACCUUCCUAUGGAAGAUCACCAAUGUCACUCGGCGGUGUCACGAGUCAGCCUGUGGCAGGACCGUCAGCCUCUUCUCCCCAGCUUUCUACACUGGCAAGUAUGGCUACAAACUCUGUCUGCGACUCUACCUGAAUGGGGAUGGAACAGGAAAGAGGACCCACCUAUCACUCUUCAUUGUGAUCAUGAGAGGGGAGUACGAUGCUCUGCUGCCGUGGCCUUUCCGGAAUAAGGUCACCUUCAUGCUGCUUGACCAGAACAACCGUGAGCAUGCCAUAGAUGCCUUCCGGCCUGACCUGAGCUCAGCAUCCUUCCAACGGCCUCAGAGCGAGACCAAUGUGGCCAGCGGCUGCCCGCUCUUCUUCCCCCUCAGCCGGCUGCAGUCACCCAAGCACGCCUACGUGAAGGACGACACCAUGUUCCUCAAGUGCAUCGUGGAGACUAAUGCUUAGGGUGGGCCAAUAAAGCCACACCUGGCUCCAGAGAGAGCACCGGCUCAAACUGGGGGGGUGGCAGGAUGACUGAAGUCCUGCCCUUAGUGCCUAAGAUCCCAGGGAAUAGUGACAGGCUGGCAUGAGCUGAGUGGGUCUGACAGAUCUGUGGGGGCCACCAUCAGCACGGAGCAGCAGAAACUCAGGCUGGAACCACAGAGCCACAGGAUCCAGAAAGAGGGUCCCUCUCUGCUCUGGCCACAUACUCAAACAGGGCCCCAGGAGCCCCUGCAAGCCUGAAUUACAAGGCAGACUCUGACCCAGCUAGGUUAGGCUCUGGGAACCCAGCCCCAGGCAUGGGUGGUGAGUUGGAGAUGCAUGACUCAAGUUGAGUGAAUACAUUACCAUGCACAAGGACCCAGGUUUGAGGCCUUGCUCCCCAACUAUAGUGGGGAAGCUUCAGGAACAGUGAAGCCAGUACUGUAAGUGUCUCUCUGCCUCAUUUCCUCUCCCCCUCUCCACUCAAUUUCUUUCUGUCCUAUCAAAUAAAGAAAGAAAAAAAAAAUGACUACCAAGAGCAGUAGAUUCACCAUGCAGGCUAAGCCCUGGCAAUAAACCUGACAUAGCAAUACACCCUACUAGUGAGCUAUCUACCUUCACACUCACACUUUUCUUUAAAAAUCUCUUUUGAAGUUUUUAUUAAGUAACUAGUGUGGGAGUUGGUCCUAACCAAGCCAGAUAUGCAAAGACCUGGCCAAAACCAGGUGGUCCUGCCAGCUUUGUGGUGGCAUCCAAGGCCAGUGCCCUGGCAGGAACCUCCCUUCCAGCCUCCAUCUUCUUUUGACCAUGAGAAGAAGUGCUCUAGCCUGUCUCUCAGUGGGUUCCAGGAACCCUGACAGAGAUACCACACAGGACAGGCAGAGAGAGCAAGGUCCAGUGUCACAGUCCAACUUGUGAGUCACACUUGUGCUCCUGUCACAAAGGCUGCACUUAAGAAAUUGUGUGCCUGACUUAAGAAAUUCAUAGCUCAAUGGAGGAAAAACAUUCACUGAAACUGGUUAAAGUGCUCAGAGAAAGCUCAGAAUCAUAUGCAGGUCCAUUGGGGAAAAGUAGGAAAAAGGCCUAAGGAAGAAGUGACAUUUAAACUCAGUUUGAGGGCUGGAGAGACAACAUAAUGGUUAUGCAAAUGACUUCUAUGCCUGAGGCUCUGAGGUUCAAUCCCCUAUGAGAGUUUAGCAGUGUUGUGGGGGAAAAGAAAGAAAGAAAGAAAA